AUGAGAUGGACCAAGUGGUUAAAGCGCGAAUUUACUGACCGGAAGGUCCGUGGAUCGAACCCGACCUCUGCCACUCGACUUCCCUUGUCUAGGCUUGGGCAACCUGACAGUAUUCCAGCCCUCGUGCUUCCUUCGAGUGGCUUGGCAGUUAGGCUAGAGGCGAGAUGGAGCAAGUGGUUAGAGCGCGAAUUUUCUGACCGAAAGUUCCGUGGUUCGAACCCGACCUCUGCCUCUCUCGACUUCCCCUGUCUAGGCUGGGGCAACCUGGUAGUGUCCCAGCCCUCGUGCUUCCUUCAAUUGGCAUGA